AGUUCCUCUAAAAAGUUGGCAACACUGAUUUUGACACCGACUGGCUAAUUUGCGUUUAUAAAACGUAAAAUCUGAACAUUAGUAAAAAGAAAUUAUAGUAUUCAUAUGUUUAACUAAUUUGCACGUCGCUGGAUAUUUUUGCACAAACUUUAUAUUUGUUUCGAACCGUACCAAAACGGAGGUGAUUGUUGUUGUUCUUGCAGUAAGUGAACCUAAAACUUUAGGAAAUUUUGCAACAACUGGAAAAAAGAAAAGUUUAAAAGAUGUCCAGUCUGCCACGUCGCAUCAUCAAGGAGACACAGCGCCUGAUGCAGGAGCCGGUGCCAGGAAUUAACGCUAUUCCAGAUGAAAACAAUGCACGCUAUUUCCAUGUGGUUGUCGCCGGUCCAAAUGAUUCUCCCUUCGAGGGCGGCGUCUUUAAGCUGGAGUUGUUCCUACCUGAGGACUAUCCGAUGUCGGCACCCAAAGUGCGCUUCAUCACAAAGAUCUAUCAUCCGAAUAUCGAUCGUCUUGGCCGCAUUUGCCUCGAUGUCCUAAAAGACAAGUGGAGUCCAGCGCUACAAAUUCGCACCAUACUUUUGUCCAUUCAGGCGCUGCUCAGUGCGCCCAAUCCCGAUGAUCCAUUAGCAAACGACGUGGCCGAAUUGUGGAAAGUCAACGAGGCCGAGGCAAUCCGUAAUGCUCGUGAAUGGACCCAAAAAUAUGCUGUUGAAGACUGAAGUGUUAACUGCUGUUACGUGGGUGCCGGUUGACCGGAGGCGGAGGCUAUUUGGGUGCCCGGUUCGCUCUCAUCUCCCGCAUAUAAACAACAAAUACGAGAAAAAGUCAUCUUUUUUUUGUAAUACACAUUUUUUUGUAUAUUUAAAUGAUGUCGAUGUCGAGGAUAUAAAAACGGCGGUAAUAAUAAAGAUUUAAUGAUAAUGCUAUAAUAAACAAA